UCCCAAAGUACACAUUUGACUGUCCAUAGAAAUAGUCACACAGGAGAAAAACCAUAUCAGUGUGAUAUCUGUGGUAAAUCAUUCUCAAAAAGUCCAUACUUAACUAUACAUAAACGUAUUCACACAGGAGAAAAACCAUAUCAGUGUGAUAUCUGUGGUAAGUCAUUCCCUGGCAGUAGUGCCUUAGCUACUCAUAAGCGUGUUCACACAGGAGAGAAACCAUAUCAGUGCGAUGUUUGUGGUAAACCAUUCUCACAAAGUGCACACCUAACUGUACAUAGACUUAUUCACACAGGAGAAAAACCAUAUCAUUGUGAUAUCUGUGGUAAAUCAUUCUCAAAAAAUAAAUAUUUAAGUACUCAUAGAUGUAUUCACACAGAAGAAAACCCAUAG